AUGGCCACUAAGAUUUUUUCGGAAGAACAGCUUAACUACUUCCGCGUUUGUCACGUAGCCACUGACAUACUGCCCCAAGCUCUGCGAUUUCUGUUCAAGCAGGAAUGGGACAAUCGUUACAAGACAACGUUUGGGGAAUGGAAGGACACACCUCAAAAUGGACUAGACUUCAAUAACGGUGAGUCCCCAGCUAAUCAACGAAGAAAUGCCCGACUGUUGGCUACAAUGGUAAAUGGAGACAGGGCGCAAUGGGACUGUACUAUGUUAUUUUAUGCCAUCCUGUUCUCUGAUUCUAUUCAUGGACUGAGUCCACUUAUCAAAACCAAUGUUGAUGAUCUCAGGAAGUUUCGCAAUGAAGACUUCGCUCACAUGACAGAAGGGCAGCUCUCAAAUACAGAUUUUAGCAUCACUGUUAGCAAAGUGGAGACAGCAUUUCGAAAUCUUGGCCUGUCUACCGUUGAAAUCCAAACUGUAAGCACACAGAAAGGUUUUCCAACUGACGAGUUGCAAAAUUUGAUUAAAAAUGUUAAGAAUCUUACUCAAGACCUUCACGCAAAAGAUGCUGAACUUAAAACCAAAGAUAGUAAAUUGCAGGAAAAAGCUAAAGAGCUUCUGGAGAAACAUGCUGAACUUCAGGAGGAAAAAAGCAAAUUACAACAAAAGCAUGCCGAACUGCAAGAAAACAUAGACAGGCUACAAACUAAGGAAGAACAACGCAAGGUCCUUGAAGAGCAGCUACAGCGCGAAGUAGAACCAUUUUGUGUCCUUCCACCCAGACCUCCCCAUAUGAUCGCGAGACGCGAUUGCGACGUUACUAAAGUAACGCAGAAACUCAUAAACCUUAGGAAGGCUAACGAGUACAAUUUAAGUUUUUGUUAUAUUUCAGGCAAUCCCGGGAGUGGUAAAUCUCAGCUGGCUGGACUAGUUGCCGAGAAUUUCUACAAAGAGGCCCGUAAAGACACGAGUGCUCCGUCGUUUGUCAUGACUUUAAGUGCUGAAAAUGUAGAAACACUUUUAACAUCAUACCUCUCGCUGGCGAGAAAAGUGAGCUGUCCCGCGUAUACUAUAACUACUACAGAAAACUCCAAGGAUUUAAGUACUGAGCAGAAAAUAGCCAUUAUCAAAGAUUUAAUUACAACAAAAAUUCACCUUUACUCAUCUUGGCUCUUAGUGAUUGACAAUGUCACAAAUCUCGCUGAAAUGGGUCAUUUUUUUCCUAAGCGUGGAAAUGAGCAGUGGGGCAAAGGCCAGCUGCUAAUCACAACGCAGGAUUGCACAUGUAUUCCUUCAGAGAGUUCCUUCACAUCCCACAUCUCCUUGAGCAAAGGUAUGGAGCUUGCUGAUGCUACUUGUUUAUUAAUGGAUCUCUCUGGAAUCUCCGGCAACGAAAUGGAAGAACAGGUGGCUCAUGCUUUGGAUUAUCAGCCACUUGCUCUAGCCAGCGCAGGGGUGUUUGUGAGAAAGCUGCGAAAUACCAAUCCAGCAUUUGGCUGGAAGGGGUACUUAGAAAAACUAGAAAAAGGGAAACGCGAACUCACUGAAAAGGAACUUGCCAAAGUAAACGGUAUCUACCCAAACUCUAUGACUGUAGCGACCAGGGUAGCUGUUGAGACGGUAAUGGCUUCCGAUCAAAUAAUGAAGCACGCUUUCAUCUUUCUCGCUUUUUGUGCACCAGAGCCAUUGAGGUUAGACGUGUUGACCACGUAUGUUGUAAAUGCUGAUGAAAGCUUGGAUAAAGAGGAGGUAGGCAUUCAGAUCCAAGGCUCCUCAUUGCUGUUGAUCGACAAUGAGAAUAACGUGAACAUUCGUUUACACAAAGUGGUACAGGAUAUUCUGAAGUGUCUAGUUAAAGAUCGAAUGAAGACUGAUGAACAUACCCGAGUUUUAUCUGUUGCAUUGCAAUCAUGCAAGCAGUUUAUUACCAAAGCGGUCCCAAAGACUGAGCAGAUAGUAGAUUCUUUCCUUGAGAGCAGACACAUAGUUCCACACUUAAAAACGCUAGCAGUGGGAAUUAACCACAUUUUCUUUCAUAAAGAUACAUUUCAGGUUUUCUGUAACACAACUUUGGAUGUCUACCAAUUUUGCUAUAACCUAAGAGUGCUUGGCGGAGUUUGCCGCCUUCAUAGCGAGUUCCAUUCAUCAAUUGAGUACUUAAGCGCAGCUUUAAAGAUCAUUGAAGAUGAUCAGAUAAGGCCACCGCGACCCAAUCACUUGUUCGUUGCGAGUCUUUAUUGCGAACUAGGUGAACUACAUUUUAACUUGAGUGACCAUCAGCAAGCCAAGGAAUACUUUGAACUUGCCCUUUCCAUAGAAGUAAAUGAACUUGGAGCCCAUCACAUUGUAGUUGCGCGAAUGUACCAUAACAUUGGUGCCCUAAAACAAGAGAUUGGUGACCAUCAGCAGGCCAAGGUGUUUUAUGAACGUGCCUUGUCCGUACGACUCAGUAAGCUUGGUCCCGAUCAUGUCAGCGUCGCAAGUACUUACCAAAGCAUGGGUGUCCUACAUAGCGAAAUGGGUGACCAUCAGCAGGCCAAGGAUUAUUAUGAACGUGCGUUGUCCGUACAACUGAGUAAGCUUGGACCCGAUCAUGUCAACGUCGCAAAUACAUAUCAAAGCAUGGGUAACCUACAUAAGGCAUUGGGUGACCAUCAACAGGCCAAAGAGUAUUAUGAACGUGCCUUGUCCGUACGACUCAGUAAGCUUGGUCCCGAUCAUGUCAGCGUCGCAAGUACAUAUAAAAGCAUGGGUAACCUACAUAAGGCAUUGGGUGACCAUCAACAGGCCAAAGAGUAUUAUGAACCUGCCUUGUCGGUACAAACCAAUAAGCUCGGACCCGAUCAUGUCAACGUUGCAGGUACUUACCAUAAUAUGGGUAACCUACAUAGCGAAAUGGGUGACCAUCAGCAGGCCAAGGACUAUUAUGAACGUGCCUUGUCCGUAAAACUCAGCAAGCUUGGACCCGAUCAUGUCAACGUCGCAAAUACAUAUCAAAGCAUGGGUAACCUACAACAGGCAUUGGGUGACCAUCAACAGGCCAAAGAGUAUUAUGAACGUGCCUUGUCCGUACGACUCAGUAAGCUUGGUCCCGAUCAUGUCAGCGUCGCAAGUACUUACCAAAGCAUGGGUGUCCUACAUAGCGAAAUGGGUGACCAUCAGCAGGCCAAGGAUUAUUAUGAACGUGCGUUGUCCGUACAACUGAGUAAGCUUGGACCCGAUCAUGUCGACGUCGCAAAUACAUAUCAAAGCAUGGGUAACCUACAUAAGGCAUUGGGUGACCAUCAACAGGCCAAAGAGUAUUAUGAACGUGCCUUGUCGGUACAAACCAAUAAGCUCGGACCCGAUCAUGUCAACGUUGCAGGUACUUACCAUAAUAUGGGUAACCUACAUAGCGAAAUGGGUGACCAUCAGCAGGCCAAGGAUUAUUAUGAACGUGCCUUGUCCGUAAACCUCAGCAAGCUUGGACCCGAUCAUGUCAACGUCGCAAAUACAUAUCAAAGCAUGGGUAACCUACAACAGGCAUUGGGUGACCAUCAACAGGCCAAAGAGUAUUAUGAACGUGCCUUGUCCGUACAACUGAGUAAGCUUGGACCCGAUCAUGUCAACGUCGCAAAUACAUAUCAAAGCAUGGGUAACCUACAUAAGGCAUUGGGUGACCAUCAACAGGCCAAAGAGUAUUAUGAACGUGCCUUGUCGGUACAAACCAAUAAGCUCGGACCCGAUCAUGUCAACGUUGCAGGUACUUACCAUAAUAUGGGUAACCUACAUAAGGCAUUGGGUGACCAUCAACAGGCCAAAGAGUAUUAUGAACGUGCCUUGUUGGUACAAACCAAUAAGCUCGGACCCGAUCAUGUCAACGUUGCAGGUACUUGCCAUAGUAUGGGUAACCUAUAUAGCGAAAUGGGUGACCAUCAGCAGGCCAAGGAUUAUUAUCAACGUGCCUUGUCCUUACGACUCACUAAGCUUGGACCAGAUCAUGUCAACGUCGCAAACACUUGCCAAAGCAUGGGUAACCUACAUCAGGUAUUAGGUGACCAUCAAAAGGCCAAAGAGUAUUAUGAACGUGCCUUAUCCGUCCAAAUCAAUAAGCUUGGACCCGAUCAUGUCAGCGUCGCAAAUACUUACCAUAAUAUGGGUAAGCUACAUCACAAGUUGGGUGACUAUGAAAAAGCAAAGGAGUGUUAUCAACGCGCUCUUUCCGUAAAACGGAAUAAGAGUGGACUUGAUCAUGUUGACGUCGCGCAAUUGUCCCAUUUGUUAGCUGCUGUGCAGCGUGUUUUGGAUUCCCAGCUGCAGUCGCCUGAUUAUCAUGACCGU